CGUGCGCGCGCAGCGGAAGGCGGGGCAAGGAGUGGCUUCCGGGGUUCCGCCUCCCCCUCCCCGCGGCGCGGCUCUGGGCUGGCACUUCAGUUCCGGCCCUCGGGCGAUAGCUGGAUCCAGGAUGGCUUCGGACUCGGAGGACCGCGGGACUGCCUGCACGCUGGAGUUCGCGGUGCAGAUGACCUGUCAGGGCUGCGUGGACGCGGUGCGCACGUCCCUGCAAGGAAUCGCAGGCAUCCAAAGUGUGGAGGUGCAGUUGGAGAACCAGAUGGUCCUGGUGCAGACCACCCUGCCCAGCCAGGAGGUGCAGGCCCUUCUAGAAGGCACUGGGAGGCAGGCGGUCCUCAAGGGCAUGGGCAGUGGCCUGUUGCAGAAUUUAGGGGCAGCCGUGGCCAUUCUCGGGGGGCCUGGCCCUGUGCAGGGAGUGGUGCGCUUCCUGCAGCUGACCCCUGAGCGCUGCCUAAUCGAGGGGACCAUUGAUGGCCUGCAGCCUGGGCUGCAUGGACUCCACGUCCAUCAGUUCGGGGACCUCACGAGGAACUGCAACAGCUGUGGGGACCACUUUAACCCUGAUGGAAUGUCCCAUGGGGGCCCCCAGGACUCUGAACGGCCUGGCGAGGGAGACACUCAGAACUCUGUGGUUGCAGCACAGCCAGAACAUCUUUGCAGGAGCCUCCAGGAGGCCCUGGGAACCCAGAGCAAGCUCCAGAUCCAGUCCGAAGGGCACAGGCUGUGGGAGAGAGCUUCCCAGAGAAGGCCUCGCUGGGUGUUGGCCAGAGACCUCAGUCCUGUGCCCCAUGAGCCUUUCCCUAGGGCAGCACACGGCACUGCAGCUGCCUGUCCUCAGAGCCAGAGAGAGAAGGCGUCCAAGACCCCAGCCACACUCCUUUUGAAACCUCAGCUCGGAGGUGAUGCCUGGUCCAGCCCACACUCAGCAGCACCGCGGAGACCUGGGGAAUGUCCGUGCUGAUGAGGAUGGCCGAGCUGUCUUCAGGAUUGAGGACAAGCAGCUGAAGGUGUGGGAUGUGAUUGGCCGAAGCCUGGUCGUCGAUGAGGGAGAAGAUGACCUGGGCCGGGGCGGGCAUCCCUUGUCCAGGAUCACAGGGAACUCAGGAGAGAG